AUGCAAUUUCCAUUUUGGUUAACCAGUCCAUUUCUUCAACGUCUUUUAGAAAAAUUUGUCCAUCAUGCGGAUGAAUAUAUUGAAAGCAAUCUGAUUGAUGUUUUCUCUAUUUUAGUCAAAUAUGAUUAUCUUUCUCCAUUCGAUUCUUAUGUUAGUAGAAACUUCACUCAAUUAACACAAUAUUCUCUCGAUGAUAUUGUUUGUUGUGCUUUAAUUCGAUCAUGGUUUAUUAUUCUUAGGAAAAGCAAUGAACACCAAAUUGAUCAUUAUCAUUUUGCUUGUGGAUCGACUAUCACAUCUAAAAAAUUAUUAACGACGGUUAUCACUCAAAUACCUUUAUCGAUUGGUUUGAAAGAUCAAUUGUUAGAUAAUGUGAUCGAUUUUUUGUUUCAUGAUGAUUAUUCGGAUGAAAUUAAAAUGAAAGCUCGUCAACUGAUCUGUCAUUUGUCAGUUGAUCAAUCGAUUAAUAAAACAUCGAUUGAAAUCUUAGACGAAGAAUUUCGAUCAAUUCUUCAUUGGCUAGAACAUCCAGACGAAUAUUUGAUUCUCGAUUGUGAUUAA